UAAAAUAUAAAUUUAUUAUUUAAAAAGCGAGCAGCCAAAUAAGCUAUAAUUUUAAUAAUUCAAAAACAAUACACAAACGUUUUAGAACAAUUUACUAAUUUUUAUUAAUAUUACUUUAAACAAAAUAAUAAAUUAACAGAAUAACAAAACCGAUAGUUUGUUAGAUAAACGGAAAAAAGUUAAUAUUUCUUUCUGUGAAAACAAAUAAGUUCGAAAAUAAAAAUUUAAAAAAUGUCCUUUUUAAUAUACAUUGAUAUUUUCAUGAUUUUUAAUCACCGCGCUGUAGCCUUAAAUUCUGAGAAAUAUGAAUUAAAUUUCUGAAUUGAUAUUAAACUAAGGGACAAACCCAUGCAGAUAUAAUACUCUUAUUUCCAACAAAAGAAUUAAACAAUUUAUUCUUUCAUUAAUUAUACACUUUCUAUGUAGAAUUAUUUAUUUACCAUAUUAAUUUAAUAGAAGUUUAAUUUGUACUUGAAUGUACAAACUUUUAUUAAUGUGUCUUAAUAAAUAUAUUUUUUUACUAAAAUAGAAUAUUAUACUAAAAUAUAAAAUAUAAAAUAUUAUACUAAAAUAUAAAAAUAGAAUAUAUCGCAUUAUAUAUAUAUACAUCUUGGAAUAAAAACUUGUCUUUUUUUCCUGUACAAGUUUACAAUCUGAAUAAAUUAUUUAGGAUAUUCGUCGAAACUCCAUAUAAAUGUAAAGAAGGCUCUAUAAAUCACAGGAGGGAAGAAAGACUAAACUAACCGCGAUAACAGAAAUAUGAAAAUAAAUGAGAUGAGAGAGCAGAUGGAUAUAUAUACGCUUGAUCAAUUCACAGGCAUCAGUCUUUAUACACAUCUAUGUAUCGUACAAUUGCUAGGGCUGUUCUCUGACAGUGAAGUGUUGGAAAGUUCUUUAAAAAAACUCUUUUAAUUUGGAUAAUGUUUAAUGCAAUCUUUUCUUUUACGGUAAUAGCAACAUGUGUUGCUAUAACUGUAGCGGACGUACCUUCCUUCAUUCAUGUAUGUGGCCGCAACAAUCCCAACUAUAAUCAGUGCAUCGCGGACAACAUUAUCGAUUUGAGGGACAAAUUUUGCAACGGGACUCCGGGUUUUCCAAUGGUUGAGCCAUUAAUGUUUGACAAAAUUGUCAUUUUCGACGAACCUAAUGUCAAACUGAAUCUUGAAAAUGUAGAGGUAUAUGGAAAUUGCGACUUUGCUAUAACCUCCAUUAAUGUGGACCCUGACAGGCUCCACUUUAAUUUUAAUUAUCUAAUGCGAUUUGUCAUAAACACCACGUACGAUUUUAAUAUACGUCUGCUAGUACCAGUCGCUCACAAAGGAAUAUUACUCAUCAUUGCGGAUAAUGUGGAAACAAACACAAAGUUGGACUUGAAAACGGUAAUCAAAAAUGGUAAAAAACAUGUAUACGCAUCGAAAGCAACCGUGAGUUCCAAGGUUACAGAUUUUGAAUAUCAGUUCGGAAAGGAAUUAGGUCAAUUAAAUGAAAUUUUUAGUGCUGUCUUUGACGAGAAUAAAGAUAUUAUUAUUAACGCUGUUAAACCAGUAUUGGAAAGGAAAUUUUCCGAACUAUAUAUCAACAUGUUCAACAACGUAACUCAAUCUAAUUACGAAGAAUUCUUUCCCGAAAAUGACUUGUUAUAGGAACUUUACAGUAUAAGAAAAAAAUUAAUUAUAUUCGAUCUAAGAGCCAGAUGUUUAUUUAAGGUUUUUUUUAUAUAUUUGUAUCGAAAAUACGUCACAUACUAUAUUUUUUACUUGCGCGUUGAUCUCUUUAGAGGCAUGUAAUUUCACUAGUAUUUUUAAAUUUAAAUUUUUAGGAAAUACAUAUUCUUCAAGCCUUAAAUAAACGAAAAUACACGAAAUACAAAUGGUUUCAUUUACCUCUUAAAAUAGACAAUGAACGCUUAAUGUAUGUUAAUUUUUAACAUUGAUUUUAAUUUAUACUGUAGAAUAAAAAGAUUGCACAACUUUUUAUAGCGCAUUCUGAGAACCAGUGAGAGUAUUUUUAUAAAAUGUCAAGGUUGCUAAAAUGCUAAGCAUUGAUAUGGAAUGUAUGUAGUCAAAUUGAUAAUUACAUCAAUUACUUAUCUAUUAUCAAUUUUCUCUUUAUUUCUGCAAUUUUAUUCUUUUUGACAUAUUACAGAAAUGGUAACCAAGUACAUAACAAACCAAAGUAUAUAUGUAGAUUUUGAAAAAAAUAGAUGUCUAAAAUUAACCUCGUUCAAAAAUAGACGUGAGAUCAAUGCAAUUAACCAUGUACAUAAUAUAUAGUAUUAAUGUCAUAAUCUGAAUUACAAUUUUUAGUACCGCUAUCUAUAUAUUAAGUAAAAAGUACUUAGCUCUCUCAUUUACACUUUGUUGUAUUAAUUCGUUGGUUCUCUGCAUGUGUAUUAAUAAUAAACGCUGAAAUAUCCAGGUGAGAAGUUAAGGAAAAACUUAACAUCAAGACUCAAAAACUUGGCGUGCCCUGGGCAUAUUGAAAUACAUUCAAAUUUAUUAUAAAUAAAUAUACAAUAUAUGUAUAAUAAAUUUAUGUAUGCUAUUUAAAUAGUCGACUAUUCAUUAAUUCGGCGAAUCUGCUAAAAUCCUG